AUGACCAGGUCCUCUAAGGGCAUACCAAUUGACCUAGACCUUGAAAUAGAAAAGACCCUUAGGAAGCAAAGGAAGGCUAGAGAGUUAGAGCUUCGGAUACCUGAUAAUCCUCCUGCCUUUUCUGCCACUACAUCUGAUAUUCCUUCUGUUUCUAUACCUACCCCUGACUUAAACACAAUGGCAGGUAAUGGGAAUGAACACAAUCGGAAUGGAAAUAAUGGAAAUAAUGUAAAUCAUGGUCAUUUGGAUGGUAGAACCAUUAGAGAAUUGGCUGCCCCUGAUGUGCACUACCAGUCUUUAUGCAUUCAAUAUCCCCAAUUGGAUGCAACCUUUGAAUUGAAAUCUGGGCUAAUCCAUUUGCUUCCCAAGUUUCAUGGCCUUGCAGGUGAAGAUCCGCACAAGCACCUCAAGGAAUUCCAUGUUGUCUGCUCCACAAUGAGGCCACAAGGAGUUGAUGAGGAGCAGAUAAAACUUAGGGCCUUCCCAUUCUCAUUGGAUGGAGCUGCAAAGGAUUGGUUAUACUACCUACCACCUGCUGCCAUCACAAGUUGGGAUGGGCUAAAAAGGAUCUUUUUGGAGAAGUUCUUUCCAGCAUCCCGAACAGCCGCCAUUCGAAAAGAAAUUUGUGGCAUAAGGCAGAAUCAUGGGGAGACAUUACAUGAGUAUUGGGAGCGAUUCAAGAAACUCUGUUCUAGUUGUCCACACCAUCAAAUCAGUGACCAGCUGCUGGUCCAAUACUUCUAUGAAGGUCUUAUUCCAAUGGAUAGGUAUUUGGUGGAUGCAGCUAGUGGAGGAGCCCUCUCUAAAAAGACACCAGCAGCUGCUCAGGAGCUAAUCUCCAAGAUGACACAGAAUGCCCAACAGUUUGGUACCAGGUCAGCCACUCCCAUGAGACAAGCCAAUGAGAUUGGUGUUGCUGCCAUCAAUGACCAACAGAGGAUAGAGAACAAACUGGAGGAAUUGGCCUCCAUGGUCAGACAACUAGCCCUUGAUAAAGGACAGUCCAAAUCUCAGCAGGUAUGUGGUAUUUGCUCAUUAUCCUCCCAUGGUACUGACCAAUGUCCUCAACUGCAGGAGAAUACAGAAGCUUGUGCUGGCAUUUUUCCAGGAAGACCCUUCCAGCCACAGCAUCAGCAGCCACAGCAACAAAGAUAUGAUCCAUAUGCUGCCACCUAUAAUCCAGGGUGGAGAGAUCAUCCGAAUUUGAGGUAUGGAGGUCCUUCCAACCAGCCAUUCCAGCCACAGCAACAACAACCUCAGCAGCACAGAUUCAAUGCACAAAGACCAAGUCAAUCAAUGCAGCAACCCCAACCAGCUCCUAAAUCCGAAUCAAGCUUGGAAGAUAUCAUGAAGCAGCUCGUUGCCAACAAUCUCCAGUUUCAGCAAAGGACCGACACUGCCAUACAAAAUUUGGAGACACAGAUUGGACAGCUGGCAACCAACAUCAGUGAGCUACGGAGUCAAGGUUCGGGUCAGUUGCCUUCACAGCCAGUUUCAAAUCCAAGGGGCAAUGUAAGUGCUAUCGUUCUCCGCAGUGGCAAAGAGUUAAGCAGCCCACCCUCUCCACAACCAGACAUUGAUCAAGAUAGAGGAGAGACUUCUCACAACCAUCCACUGCCAUUUCCUCACCGAGCCACUCAAAAUAAAAAGAGGGCAGAAGCUGAGUUGGACAAGGAGAUCAUGGAAACUUUCAGAAAAGUUGAGGUGAACAUACCACUCUUGGAGGCCAUCAGACAGAUUCCCAAGUAUGCCAAGUUUCUCAAAGACUUGUGCACCCAUAAAAGGAAACUGAAAGGAAAUGAAAAAAUCAACUUGGGAAGAAAUGUGUCAGCAUUGAUUCAACCUGCCAUGCCUCAGAAAUGCAAAGAUCCAGGGACUUUCACCAUUCCUUGCACUAUUGGAAAUUUGCAAUUUCAUAAUGCUAUGUUGGAUUUAGGAGCCUCUAUUAAUGUGAUGCCUAAAUCUGUGUAUUCUUCUUUGCAGGCAGGUGCAGGCACAUUGACAUCUACAGGAGUGGUGGUCCAGUUGGCAAAUAGGAGCACAGCAUACCCUGAGGGAGUAUUAGAGGAUGUAUUAGUAAAGGUAAAGGAUUUCAUAUUCCCUGCUGACUUCUAUGUUUUGAAUAUGGAGGAUGAUCACACACCCGGACACGCACCACUUAUUCUAGGUAGACCCUUCUUGAAAACUGCAAGGACAAUAAUUAAUGUGCAUGAGGGUACUUUAUCUAUGGAGUUCGCUGGUAACACCAUUCAAUUCAAUAUCAUUGAUGCCAUGAAGUAUCCCUUAGAAGAUCAUUCUGCCUUGCAUGUUAACUUUAUUGACUUAAUGGUGGAGAAAGCAUGUGUUGAGUUGUAUAAUCUUGAGUCUGAAUUCCCCACCAUCCAUAAUUUUCCUGAUGAUAUGCAUUGCCCUCAGAGUCAUGACGGACUCAGUAAGUGUAGUGUUUGUUCUGAAAUAGAUGAGUUUUUGAGUAUUGUUGAUAGUGCACCUUCUCAUACUAUAUCCGAUUCUCAUGUGCCUCCCAUAGAGGAAGUUUCUGUUGCUGAGAAUGUAGUGCAGGUAGGUGGAAACAUAAACAAAUUGGUGCCUUCAAUUCAACAGCCACCCACCUUGGAGUGUAAGCCCCUGCCCAAGAAUCUGAAGUACGCCUACUUGGCGGAUGGAGACAAGCUACCCGUGAUCAUCGCCGACAACCUUCAGCCUGACCAAGAGGAGAAGUUGCUGAAUUUGUUGAAGCAACAUAAGAGAGCCAUAAGUUGGUCACUUGCAGACAUUCCCGGUAUAUCCCCUUCCUUAUGCAUGCACAGGAUUCAUUUAGAGGAAGGAGCUCGACCAGUGAGGCAGCCCCAAAGGAGACUCAAUCCCACCAUUCUAGAUGUGGUCAAGAAAGAGGUAAGUAAACUACUUUCAGCUGGCAUUAUUUAUCCUAUCUCUGACAGCAAGUGGGUGAGUCCAGUGCAGGUAGUUCCGAAGAAGACAGGAUUCACAGUGGUAGCCAAUGAGAGGAAUGAGCUAGUGCCCAUGCGAGUGCAGAACAGCUGGAGAGUCUGCAUUGACUAUAGGAGGCUCAACCAAGCUACCAGGAAGGAUCAUUUCCCGCUCCCAUUCAUUGAUCAGAUGCUAGAGAGGUUAGCUGGAAAGUCCCAUUACUGCUUCCUUGAUGGUUUUUCUGGUUAUUUUCAGAUUUGCAUAGCACCGGAGGAUCAGGAGAAGACCACCUUCACCUGCCCCUUUGGCACUUUUGCAUACCGGAGGAUGCCAUUUGGUCUAUGUAAUGCCCCAGGUACGUUCCAGCGAUGCAUGGUGAGUAUAUUUUCAGAUUUACUUGAGCAUUGCAUGGAAGUUUUCAUGGAUGAUUUUUCUGUUUAUGGGACCUCCUUUGAUGAGUGUCUGAUCAGUUUGGGUAGAGUCCUAGAGAGAUGUGUUGAGAAGAAUCUUGUCCUAAAUUUUGAAAAAUGUCAUUUCAUGGUUGAGCAGGGGAUUGUUUUGGGUCAUGUUGUGUCCAAGAGGGGUAUAGAGGUUGAUAAGUCCAAGGUCGAUAUCAUUUCUUCUUUGCCUUACCCCGCGUCUGUGCGGGAGGUACGUUCUUUCCUUGGACAUGCAGGAUUCUACAGGAGAUUCAUCCAAGACUUCAGCAAGAUUGCCCUUCUAAUGUCCAACCUACUUCAGAAGGAUGUGGAAUUCAAAUUUGAUGAGUCUUGCAAGAUGGCCUUUGAGGAGCUCAAGAGGCGCUUGACUUCUCCACCCAUCAUCUAG